CAGAAAGAGGCAAAAGAAACAGAAGACUCGUAGUGUGGUUACGCGAGUAGAAAAGCACGGAAAAGUCAAAACGGGAGUGCGGUUCGGUUGCGAAGCAAAAAUCGUUUCAGUUUGGUUGGUCUUGAUUCCGGAGGUUCCGACUCCGUCAUCGCCGACAUGGAGAUUAGCAAAACGACGAUCGGAAUAGCGGCCGGUGUGGCGGGAACAUUGUUCCUCGGUUACUGCAUCUACUUUGACCACAAGCGCCGCAAAGAUCCGGACUUCAAGAAGAAACUGCGGGAGAGGAGGAAAGCUAAAAAAGCAGCAUCCGCCGCCUCUGGAGGUCCAAGGUCAACCAUGCCGAACAUGGCAGAUCACGAGGAAGUGCAAAGAUUUUUCUUACAGGAAAUCCAAAUGGGAGAGGCCCUUAUCUCGUCCGGUGACAUUGAGAACGGUGUGGAACAUCUGGCCAACGCGGUGAUUGUUUGUGGCCAACCAGCACAGCUUUUACAAGUCCUCCAGCAAACUCUGCCAUCCCAAGUGUUCACAAUGCUGAUCAAUCGCAUGCGACAGUACGGCAACCAAAGCGCAGACAGCGACCGGGCCAAGCUGCAGGACAUGAACGACGAUCUGGAAUAGUUUGCGCGUAACUGUUUCCGCUGAUCGGAGAUCGACCUGGGGAUACCAAAAAGAAGAAAAUCAAGUAGUAGGAACUAUCCGGCAGUCGCAGUCAGUCGCACAUGCAGUUUGAACAGAUCCAAUACCUUAGCCAGACGAGCAGCAGAACCGUGCUUUAGAACAAAUACCUAACCCAUUUGGAAUGAGAAUUAUAAGGGGCGAUCGCCAUUUCGCUGUUAAUGAAAAAAUGUUUUUUUUGUUUCAUUCUGCAGGACGUAUUCGAAUUUCCAUGCAGUUGUCGAUCGUUUCGAAAUUUUGCAAGUAAUUGUUGUAUUUGUUGGCGUUCGAAGAGAUUUUAAAUAAAACUGCUUAUAACAAAA